CUGGCGAGAGCAAAUGUUUGCCGAUGAGUGGAGUGGAGUGUGGAGAGUGUGUGCCAAGUGAAUAAGUUAUUUUGGAUUCGGUAAAAUACAAAAAGCAAAAGAAAGUCAACAAAAUUUCUGUGGAACGAAUUCAUAAAAAAUACGACUCUUGUAUCGAAGAACCCAUCCAUUAAUUAAUAGCCAGGCAGCUGGAUUCUACUUUCCACUUGAUUUCGACCGACGAAAAGGACACACAAGACGGCUUAUAUACACAAUUAGCCACAGUGAAUGGGUCCAGAGCCGGAUACGACGAUUGAAUACGAAGAGCUCCAACCGACCGACCAGCACACACGGAAACCGCAGCAGUCCUGCCCGCACAGAGAAGAAAACACUCCCCUAGGCGAGGACACAGACCCACAACCAGACCCGCGCCCCACAAACAAACACACGACACACGCCAUGUCGGACACAACCUCUUUUGAGCUGGGAUCGGCCUCCGACCGACCCCCGAAUAGGUUCCAAGUAAAUCCGGUGAACGGCAAUAGUCGCAAGGCACAGGCCCCAACGGGGCCAGACGCUACCGGGGACAGCGAGGGACCCCACGAAGUCUACCGCCGGCUGACAAACAUCGAUGGGGAACUGCUCGAGGACGACGCCUUCGAUGCGACCCAAAUGCUGAACAAACACCAGCCUAGGCAACAGAGGCAAUCCAUCAAGAGCAGCUUUCGCGACAAGGAUAAGCCGUCCCGCUUCAGGGAUCUGCAGACGACGACACGCUUCCAAGUGGACCCCCGGAGCGGCGAUUCGGACGAGUCCAACGAUUCGCAGGAGGAGCGCGAGCUGCUGGACAGCGAAAUCUACGACACGAAAUAUGGUAAAAGUUUUCGGCACUUCACGCGCGAGGCCCUGCCCCGUCUGGACAACUACCGGAACAUGAUGUCCAUCCAGGCGGCCUACCGUCCCACCCUCGACGAACUGCACAACGCAACGCUGACGGGCAAGAACACUCACAGCUUGACGCGGAAUCAGGAUCCCGAGUCGGGCGCCAUGAAUGGCAUCUUGAAAUUCGGAUGGAUCAAAGGAGUGCUCAUACGCUGCCUCCUGAACAUCUGGGGCGUGAUGCUCUUCCUGCGCCUCAGCUGGGUGGUGGGACAGGCGGGCAUCAUUGAGGGCUUCGUAUUAAUUUUGACAACGACCGCUGUCACGACCAUCACGGCCUUGUCGAUGUCGGCGAUAAGCACUAAUGGCGUCAUCAAAGGAGGUGGCACCUAUUACAUGAUAUCCCGAUCCCUGGGCCCGGAGUUUGGCGGCUCUAUUGGCCUAAUUUUCUCGCUGGCAAACGCCGUGGCCUGUGCCAUGUACGUGGUUGGCUUCUGCGAGUCAAUGUUGGAUUUGAUGAGGGACCUCGGCUGGAAAAUCAUCGACGCCGACGUGCAGGAUAUGCGCAUCAUCGGCUGCGUCACCAUACUGCUGCUCCUGAUCAUCGUCGUCGUCGGCAUGGAGUGGGAGGCCAAGGCACAAAUCGGACUCUUGAUCAUCCUGCUGGUGGCCAUCGCCGACUUUGUCAUCGGCAGCUUCAUUGGUCCCAAGAGCGUGCAGGACCUGGCCAAGGGCUUUAUCGGCUACAAUGGCACCACCUUCAGCACCAACCUGUUUGCGGACUAUCGCGAGCAUAAGGGGGUGGAGCAUGACUUCUUCUCGGUCUUUGCCAUCUUCUUUCCCGCCGCAACUGGAAUACUGGCGGGCGCCAACAUAUCGGGUGACCUGAAGGACCCUCAAAAAUCCAUUCCAAAGGGCACAAUCCUCGCGAUCGUCAUCACCACCGCCACCUACCUGAUUAUGGUCCUGCAGUGCGGUGGUGCAGUGGUCCGUGAAGCCACCGGAAAUAUUACCGAUGCGAUCAAUGGCUCCUUUGCGUUCCUCGACUGUGCGGAUGGUGGCUGCCAUUUCGGACUGCAUCACUCGUUCCAGGUGAUUGAGCUGGUGUCCGGCUUCGGGCCGCUCAUCUAUGCAGGCUGCUUUGCUGCCACACUGUCCUCGGCCCUCGCCAGCCUGGUCUCGGCCCCGAAGGUGUUUCAGGCACUCUGCAAGGAUGAGCUCUACCCGAAGAUCGUGUGGUUCGCCAAGGGCUUCGGCAAAAAUAAUGAGCCCGUGCGGGGCUACGUGCUGACUUUUGUCAUUGCCUCAGCCUUCAUUUUGAUUGGAGAGCUGAAUCUGAUUGCUCCGCUCAUCUCGAACUUCUUCCUGGCCGCCUACAUGCUGAUCAACUUCAGCACCUUCCACGCCAGUCUGGCCAAGCCAGUGGGCUGGCGUCCAACCUUCAAGUAUUACAACAUGUGGCUGAGUCUGCUGGGCGCCAUACUGUGUGUGGCCGUCAUGUUCCUCAUCUCGUGGGCCACCGCACUUAUCACAUUUUCCGUGGUGCUGGCUUUGUACUUAAUCGUGGCCUACCGGAAGCCGGACGUCAACUGGGGCUCCACCACGCAGGCGCAGACCUACAAGAACGCCCUGAUGUCGGUGCAGCAGCUGAACAACGUGGAGGAGCACGUGAAGAACUACCGACCGCAGAUCCUGGUGCUCUCCGGACUGCCCAACACGAGGCCGGUGCUGGUCGAUCUCGCCUACAUGCUGACCAAGAACCUCUCGCUGCUCGUCUGCGGCCAUGUGCUGCGCGGCUCCAGCUCCCAGAAGUAUCGCACCUACCUGCAGGAGCGGGCCGCCAACUGGUUCCGCAAGCAUCGCGUCAAGGGCUUCUACGCCCUCGUGGAUGGGGAGGACUUCGAAGCGGGGACGCGCGCCCUCAUGCAGGCCACCGGCAUUGGCAAGCUGAAGCCCAACAUCCUGCUGCUGGGCUACAAGACCGACUGGCAGACGUGCGAGCACAAGGAGCUCGACCAAUACUUCAAUGUGAUGCACAAGGCCCUGGACAUGUACCUCUCUGUAGCCAUUCUUCGUGUGCCCCAGGGUCUGGACUGUUCACAGCUGCUGGGCUCGCAGGAUGGCUGGAAGACCGUGUCAGAAGUGCCGCGUACGUUGCAGCCCAACGAGAGCUCUGGGGACCUGCAGGCAGUCGACAGCAGCGCCGGGAAUGGCCUGGGCGGCAGCAUUGACUCCCUGAGUCGCAAUGUGUCGGUGUCACAAGAGGACGGCGGUCGCCCUGCCCUGCUCCAUGCCGAGAACAGCCUGAAGAUAGUCAAAUCCUCCAGCACCAGCGACCUCUCGUUUAUAGCCAGCAAUCAGGCUAAGGAUGUGUCCGGCUCCCCAGAUCCGCUCGAGGCCAAGGCGGCCAAUGUGGUGCCGAGCACCCUGCGGAAGUCCAAGCUGAAGCACGACGAUCCAGCCUCUCUUUACAGGGGCCCUGGUGGCGUGGAGCUGCCCAAGGAGAUCCUCACCGACCUCACCCAGUUCACGAGAAAGCGCAGCCAUGCCGUCAUCGAUGUCUGGUGGCUGUACGACGACGGCGGCCUCACGCUCCUGCUGCCCUACAUCAUCAGCACGCGACACACCUGGCAAUCAUGCAAAUUGAGGGUGUACGCGCUGGCAAACAAAAACUCGGAGCUGGAGUUCGAGCAACGUUCCAUGGCCAGUCUGCUGUCCAAGUUUCGCAUUGACUACUCUGACCUGACGCUGAUACCGGACAUAACCAAGAAGCCCCUGGAAUCCUCCACGCAGUUCUUCAAUGAGUUAAUUAAGGACUUUGUGGUGAGCGAGAAGGAGACAGAGAACGGCAACAGCAGCAGGGCGACCCUCAACGAGGACGAGACCCUCAUAAGUGACGAUGAUCUGCUGGCCGUUCAGGACAAGACCAAUCGAUAUCUUCGUCUACGCGAGUACCUGCGGGAGCAGUCGACAAAGUCGGACCUGGUGGUCAUGACGCUGCCCAUGCCCCGAAAGAACAUUGUCUCCGCCCCCCUCUACAUGGCCUGGCUGGAGAGUCUCAGUCGCGACAUGCCCCCAUUUCUGUUUGUGCGCGGCAACCAGACGAGCGUGCUGACGUUCUACUCGUAGACCAGAACCAACCAGCGUUAACGGAUUCUAUUGUAUUUUACUUACACUUACAAACACUCACACUCACACUCACUUUUAUUGUUAGCCAAUACGAGUAUUUUAUCCUUAGCUGUACCACCUAUGUACAUACAUUUAGGAUCGGAGCGGAGUGGAGCGGAGUGGAGUGGAGUGGAGGUGGUCCUCCCCUCCUUCUCCUUGGAGCGCACAGACGACACUCACUGCACCCGCGGACGGACACGGUAAUCGCCUUACAGCCCCAAACCCGAUAUAGAUAUACUUUAAAGCGUCUGUGCGCAGUCCGUGUUGCCUUUCCACUUCCACAGAAAUGAUUGUCCCUGCAAUCGAGUUUAAAUUGUUUUUAAAUACAGUGCAAGUAAUUUUUAAAGUCACUUUUUUUGUUCAACAUAAGCUCUGAUUAUUCUGCUCUGAAUAACUGCGGUUUUCGCUCCAUUAACUUUGAGCUGUUUUUUUUUUGUGUGGCGAUAAGAAUUAAUUAACUUUCAACAAUAACAAA